GCCAGUGCAGUGGUCUCUGUGUUCAGAGAGAGACGCCGAGCGGCAGCAUGGCCUCCAUCAGAGAUGAGGGGGGUCUGCAGGAGGAGCUCACCUGUCCCGUGUGCCGGGACGUGUUCGUGGAUCCGCACCUGCUGCCGUGCGGCCACAGCGUGUGCCUGACCUGCGUGCCGGAGGGGCGGAGGCAGCGUUUCUGCUGUCCCGUGUGCCGGGAGGAGCACGGCGCCGGGGUCUCGCUGCGCAAGAACUACAAGCUGGCCAACAUCUCGCUGGAGUACCUGCGGCGUGGCCAGCCCGGCGCCAAGCUGCUGCCGGAGGUGCAGUGUGACUGCUGCCCCGGCGACCAGGCGGCCGUGCAGACCUGCCUGCGCUGCGAGGUGUCGCUCUGCGCAGACCACCUGCAGCCGCACCUGCAGCGCCCCGCCUUCCGCAGCCACCUGCUGGUGCGGCCGCUCGAGGACCUGUCCCAGCGCAGGUGCCCCGAGCACGACGAGCUCUUCCGCUACUACUGCACGGACGAGGGCGUCUACGUCUGCACCGACUGCGUGGUGGAGGGCAAGCACUCCGGCCACCAGCUGAAGAGUCUGAAGAGGAUGGAGAGGGACCUGAAGACUGUCCUGCAGGCCCGUCUACAGAAAACAGAGGAGAAACUUAGAGAGAGCGACAGGGUCCUUAAGGAACACAAGAAUAUGGAUCGUACCAUUAUGGGAGCCACGUUGGCGGACUCGCAGGUGGAGCGGCUGGGGGUGAGUCUGCAGGCGCAGGUGGAGCGUCUGGUGGGGGCUCUGAGGGACAGCGCUACACUGGAGCGGCAGCAGGCUCUGCUCAGGCUGCGGGGGGAUUACAGCCGCGUGACCCGGGACAUGAACCACACCGAGGGCAUCCACAAAUACCUCAGCGCCCUGCUGGACGAGAGAGACCCCUUCCUGCUGAUCUGGGCUUUUCAGUCUGAGGAUAAAAAGAUCAGUUCGGAGCUGGACUCGCCCCUCUUCAGCCCCGAGCCCGUCUCCCUGGACAGGAAGCGAGCGCUGGACAACAUCGAGAGCAGAUACAACGAGUUCAUCGCUGAGACGCUCAGGUGUCUGAACGAGCUGAAGAGAGACUUUGCUGCCAGUCAGCUGACGCUGGACCUGAACUCCGCCCACCCGCUCCUCAGCAUCUCCCGAGACCUGCGGUCUGCCGUGCGCACAAAGGCCCGCCUCCCCUGCCCCGCCCACCCCGAGCGCUUUGACCACUGGGCGCAGGUGCUGACGGCUCAGAGCUUCACUUCGGGCACGCACUACUGGGAGCUGGAGGCGGAGGGAUACUGGGACAUCGCCGUGACCUACCGCAGCAUCGGCCGCAAGGGGAAGGAGGGCACCGCCUUCGGGAACAACCAGCUGUCCUGGAGCCUGACGCGGCAGGACGACGGGAUGCUGGCCGUGUGGCACGACAGGCAGAGAACGCCGCUGUCCGUCACCCUGACCGGCAGCCGCGUGGGCGUGGCCCUGGACUACAGCACCGGCACCAUCACCUUCUCAGAGGCGGGAUCCACGCUCACCCAUCUGCACACCUUCAGCACCACCUUCACCCAGCCCGUCUGCCUGGGCUCCGGCCUGUACAAGGCCCAGCUGCACAGCAGGGUCACCAUCCUCAACACACACCUCAACACUGAACACACACCUCAACACUGAACACACUCCUCAGCAC